CAUCCCGCUUCGAAGAAAUGCGGAAGUUGGACUCAUUUUAUGACGUCACCGUCAGAUAUUCGUUGUGAAAUGGUAAUUCCAACAACGAUUAACAAGUGCUCCUAAUAUUUUUACGUUUCAAUGUAAUAUAACGUGAUAUAAAUCGUUGAAAAGUUCAAUAAAACGCAAAAUCGUGGCGUGUUGAACUCUUGAAGACGAGACGCGUGCGAAUGCGCAUGCGUAGGAUCGUCAAGCAGCCGCCGCCGCCGCCGGCCAAGAUGGCGGGACUUUCAAAUGAAGUUUUGACGUCGGAGCACGUUCGACGGGAAUGUUUGAAGAAACGUUGAGAGCGCAACGGUGGCUCGCCGCCGAAGCGACGCGGUUUAGCGUGUCCGCGGCCAUGAAGGGAGGGCCUCCGCCGACCGAACGACACCACCGGCAAGCAGCGACGACGACGACGAUCCGCCGCCUGAGCAGAAGCUUCAAGCUCAGCCAGCACGCGCAAACCUGCUCGGACCGGUCCGAGGCUCCCAACGCAGCCAAAUCAGAAUUCAAGACCCCGACCGGGCCCGUCGUGUGCAGAGUUUCCGGAGCGCCGGGCGGCGAGUCUCCGCGUGAGGCCGACGCGGACCCCGACAUCAUCUGGGACGCCACGUCGCCCCGGAGACCCCGCGGCAAACGGGCAAAGCGCCGCGCACCAAGCCCGGUCAGCAUCUCCGACAUCGUCAGCAGGAUCGCGCCCGAGCGCGGCAGGCCCCGAGUGUCGGAGCCCGCCUUGCAGCGGUGGAUCGGCGACAGCGCCGGCAUCCCCUGCACGCCCGACGUUCAGCCGCCCAAAAGUAGGAGGGCGUCGCCCAGGCCAUCAAAUUCCUUCGCGAACGACGCCGACGACGGUCUGCUGAAGUUGGCCAAGCGCUUUGACCUCAACUGGAUUGGCGGCCACGACCGGGACGACGACGACCUCGGGAGUGUACGGCGGUCGCCGGACGGGCACGUCUGCGACCCGUCGCCGUCGGCGGCGACGGAUUUUGCCACGGCGCUUCGCCUUGACGACUGGGACGACGACGACCUCCUCGACGACUCUUUGCUUGCCGAGGUGACGCAAAAUCCGGAGAACUUCUGCGCGCCAAAACACAGCUCCACCCAGAAGACCUCCUGCCAGGCGGUGGCACCGCCGCCGCCGCCGGUCACGCCUCGGAGUGUCGCUCAAUUGGACGUGAGAGGACCUCCGGGCAAAUCCGAGACGGCGUCUGCAAACGUCCCGGCCUUUUUCUCGCGCGAGCCGCCGUGGGACGACCCGGCCGACGACGAGAUGUUGCGCCGGCUCUGCGAGGACCUGGAGAGCCGCGUCGUCGGCGAUGAAUCGGCGACCUCCUCCGUUCCGGACCGGUUUCCCAUAGGGGGGAGGCCUGGCGGCGAGCCCGUUUCCGCGGCGGUUGCCGCGGUGACCGACGAGACGGUUUCUUCGGUGACCAACUGUGCCGUUUCCAUGGUGAUGCGUCAUCCUGUUUCCAUGGUGACGAGCAAAGCCAAAUGCUCGGCGCAGGAGAUCGAGCGGAAGAAGCAGCAGGCCCUGGAGCGCCGCCGCCGCCGUCGCCGCCUGCAGGGAGGGGGUCCGUAUCCUCAAAUGAGAAGCGGCAGCCUACUGUGACCGCCAACAUGGGGGCGCGGAAAAAAUCGGCAUCACUAAUUUGUUGGCAAUAAACUUGUGGCAGCAGUCAA